CACAGUUUCAGGGAAUCUUCCGGAACGAUGCGCCAGCUGAAGCUGCCUGUGCUCCUCGUGAUCCUUCCCUUCCUGCUGGACUCGGCUCACACGGCCCCACACAGCUUCAGGUACUUCAGCCCAUCCUUCGCCAGGGAGCCAGAGAUCGCUCUUCCAGACGCUGAAGACUGGCAGCCUCAAGACAUGCUCUCGGACCUUCUCCUGCGCAUCCCGGCCCCAAGGGCCCCGAGGGGCCUCACCGCCCUUAACAGCCAUCACAUCGCGAAGAGAAAGUGCAACGCGGCCACCUGCGUGACGCAGAGACUGGCGGACUUCAUGGGGCGGUCCAGUAACACCAUCGGGGUGACGGGACUGUUGGAGCCCACCAACGUUGGCUCCAGCACGUACGGCAAGAGGAGCGUGCUGACCGUCCGUUUCCCGGACUUCUAGUCCCAGCCGGGGACGGAGGUCCAGAACCACCACAAUACACCGCUCACUUCAGAUCGAAUGGGAAGAUCCGCGAAUUCAAUGAUUCAUGGUAAUAGGAUCAUUUAUGAUCAUGAACGCAAUUUUUAUGUGCCUUUGGUGAACUUCAGUUGAAAAGGUUGUGCUUGUGUCGAUUGUUUUAAAGCAUUUGAAAUGUGUUUUUGUUGGGCGUGUAUCAAGUAAUCUCAUCAUGAAUAAACGAAUAUAAUGAAGUCGAUACACCAAGAUGAUACAAACAGAUGUGUAUAUAGCCUUCCACUAGGCUACAUGUUUAUUUGUGAUGUGUUUUUUUAAUAAAAUGUUAAAAUGUACAGCCUUGAAAUAGGUUCUAAGUGCUUCCUACUAUAGUCAGGCAGGCC